UCAUAUAGCAUCAUCACACAUAUAUCAGGUAUAGUCAGCAACAAGUAUGUAGGUGUAUGCAGUACUUUCGCCUCUUGUCUCAACUCGAUUCAUAUCACUGAAUAUCCCGCUCACGCAUCAAUCUAAACGCCACAAUGCCGCGCUCCGCCGACGACCCCAUCGUUCAAGCUGAACAGAAUUUCUACAAUUCCUCUAUGUACAAUGCUAUGGGUGCAGCUCAGAUGAGCUUUCAGCCUAUCAACCGAAUCCACCAGCAUCUUUGUGGCUUACACAUCUACGCCCAUGAUACCAAGCGAGGAGUGAAGGCACAUCACUUUUGCACACAUCUCAGACAUGAUUUACACCAGUGUGUAAUCUAUGACAGCGACCAGCCCGACGCGAGGCUUAUCGGAAUCGAGUACCUGAUUCCUGAAGAUGCGUUUAUCGCACUACCAACGGAUGAGAAGAAGUACUGGCAUUCCCAUAGAUAUGAAGUCGACUCUGGCAUGCUCAUGCUGGGGACCAAAUCACUCGUUCCUAACGCUGUCAGCGACAUUGCUGAACGCCCCGCCAUGCUCGAGCUUCAUCGCAUGUACGGCAAAACCACGCAUACCUGGCAAUUCGACCUUCACCCUGACCUACCCCUCGGUCCUCCCCAGCUCAUGAUGGCUUACACAGACGACUCCCAGGUCGAUCGUCAGCUGCUAAAGGAGAGAGAUGAAGCAUUGGGUGUAUCGACUGAAGCAAAGCGGAAAGUGAGGAAGGGCUAUUUGAAAAAGGAGGAUUUGGAGAGGCCUCCGGCGGAAGGAGCCGAUCCUUGUUGGAACGGGAAGCUGGGACAAUGGGAGUAUGUUGAGAAGGAGAAGGAGUAAAAGGAGCAAAUGGAAGACCAACAUCUGUUAAGUUAUUGCUCGGCUGCAGCUGUAUCAUCUUAAUUGUUGUGCUUGACUAGGAGUUGUCUGCAAGCGAAAUAGGGAUAUAUUGUUUUUUUUGGGGAUAUUUGAAAGAGAAAAAAGAAUGUAUUUUAUG